AUGGCCUCCAACAACUCCUCCGAACUCCCAGCUCUGGCUCAUCUCCAGGCUCUCCGUAGCACCACCGACACAGAAAUCGCAAGAUUCCAGGCCGGACUGGAUCUCCACGCCGACAUGUCCAGGCUGAUGAUCAGUACCUUUGAAUCAGGUGAGUUAACUCAAGAGAAGCUCGCCACACUCACUAGCCAGAAAGACGAAAUCUGCAAGCUCCUGUUCGACCGCUUCAGCGAUGUGCGCAAGGCCGUUCGCGUUCUUUCGGGCAUGCUCUUCGCGUUCAUUUCAAAGUCAGAGCGGGCUACAGACAGAGACCAGAAGCUGCUCAGAGAGACGUUGGCACGCAAACUGAUGUUGUGGGAUUUCCUUGAGGGUCUGCAGGUGAUCCAUCCGGGCGGUGGACUUGCGGAGAUUGAUGGAGAGAGACAGAAGUGGCGAUCUGGGAUGGUCCAGAAUCCUGUUACAGAGGCGAAAGAGAGUAUGGAGGCCAUGAAGAAAACGGCCAUGAAGAAGGCAGAUCGGCAGAUGGAUACUGGCCACGAGUUCGUCCCAUACAAGGAUGAGCCUGAGGGCGAGACCAAUGAGGGAGACACGCUGGUUUGCUGGGAUUUCCAGGAGUAUGACCCCAAACUCGAUGGGCAUUCUCCGUUCACUGCUACGAAAGGAGAGAAGGUAAGGUUGGACGAGGAGGAAAAUCUCAUUGAUCUUGAAUAG